AUGGAAGCAAACAACGAGAAGGCAUUGGAUAGGGCUGUGCUCAAUCUGAAGCGAAAACGUGCUUCUCGAUAUGCUACAUGUCCAAAUGGAGCUCUGCGGUCAGUGUUACCUCAAUGGACAUCACUCAUAUCACCAAGAAACAAGAUUGUCAAACGGAUGAGAUUGAACAGGUACAAAAGCAAGCCUACAAAUUCAGAGACUUGCAUGGGGCAGUCGUUAAUUCGGUAUUAUAUGAAUUUUAAGAAGAGUGGACGCCCUGAACGCUUGAUGGUCUAUGAAAAUGGUGGAUGGAAGGACUUUCCUAGGGAUGUUGUUGACUUGAUGAAUUUGAAAUCUGGUUUGCAGCAACCUAUUGCUUGGAUUGAUGAGAACGGGUGUUGCUUUUUUCCUGAAAUUUAUGCUGCAUCUAAUGAAGGGCCUUAUGAUCUCUGCAAUCAGGGCGGUGGAAAAGGUCAUGAAUCAUUCCUCCAAGAUCCUAAUGAAAUUAAAUUACAUUUAGAAAUUGAAAUAAACGGAGUGGAUGCUUCCCAGUUUGGGGAGUGCAGUGGGGAGUCCAAUGUUUUUGUUAAACAUAUUCAAGUUGAUGCUAAACAAGCCUGCAGUCAAAAUGUUUUAGAAGUUGAAGAUGGCAGUAAUAAAAUUGGAGAUGGAAAUGUUGGUGAACCCGUUGAGCGAAAUAAAAAUAUAGGUUUUAAUGCUUAUAAUGAAACUGUAUAUGAAAAGUUAGAUUUGGAAACUGUACAGAAUAUGUUUCUUAAGGGAGCUAGUAGUUUUGGUAGUGCUGACAUAGUUGAGAUUUACCCCUUCUCGAGUACAUUGAUGCAAUCACGAUUGGAGCUGUUUGAGAAGCAAGCUGAAAUUACGAAAAAAUUCCGUGGGGAUGCUAAUGUUCAAUAUGCUUGGCUUGCUUCUUCUAAAGGAGAACUAUCUACUAUGAUGACGUGCGGGCUUGGCCAUUGUGGACUAUCUGCAUCUAAAUGCACACAUGGCAUUGGUGUUCAUCUUGCAGCUGCUACCUGUCCUUUUGCCAGUGCUAAUUACUGUGAUGUUGACGAAAAUGGGGUUCGGCACUUGGUCUUUUGCCGUGUAAUAAUGGGGAAUAUGGAGCUUGUCCGUCGUGGCACUAGACAGUUUCGUCCCAGUAGUAGUGACUAUGAUAGUGGGGUGGAUGACAUCCACAAUCCAAGAUACUAUGUAGUAUGGAACAUGAACACGAACACCCACAUCUAUCCAGAAUUUGUUGUUAGUUUCAAGUUCUCUUCUAAUGCUGAAGGCCUUCUUUUGGGAAAUGAGAAAAAAAAUAAUACUUUUGGGAUUAAUUCAGCUAGCCAAGGUCCUAAAAUAUUGUCAGGUUCAGAGUCUUCGACAGUAGACAACGGAAUGGCAACUAGUUUACCUAAAGCUCCAACUUCCCCUUGGAUGCCUUUUCCUGUGCUUUUUGCUGCCAUCACAAACAAGGUUCCAGCUGAGGAUAUGGAACUUAUCAAAGUGCAUUAUCUGCGCUUCAGGUCAAAAGGGAUAACUCGGGGUGAUUUCGUGAAGAAGUUGAGGUUGAUUGUGGGAGAUGCUCUCUUACGAGAUACACUAACUGUUCUUCAACGCAAGAUACCAUCCGAAUCCGAAUCAUCUUGUGCGAUCAAAAUGGAAUCCUGA